AGGAGGGUUCGAGACUGUUUAUGUUUUUGUUCUCUUGUAAUGAGUUGUGUAUUUGGUUAGUGUAAGUGACUUGAUAGCCGUUCGAUCUUCUUAUUUAUAGUUCUAGGGAAAAAAUGCGGUAAUGAGCACGUCGCUGCAUACUUGUUAAUUUGAUGUCUGCGGGUGGGUGUCGACAAACAGGUUGAUGUCAUAAUGAGCUCUAGUCACAAAAGUUGGUUAAUGUAGUUGGAAUGUGUAAUUUAAAAUAAUAGUUCAUAAAAAAACCGAUUACUUUCAAGUUUAUCGGAAUCGAAAAAUAACUUUGAAAUGCAAUGAACAGUUUUACGCGAAUAUGUAAAAUAGAAACCGAACUAGCUUUCCAAGUUAGGUUGAAGUAACUAGAUUACGCAUCGUGGUAAGCAAAACGGCUCAUAUGAAUAAUUAAAAUGAAAAUAAAACUCAUCGGCAGCAAAACCGGUGCUCUAUAUUGGAAGGCCCAACACGAUAAAUAUGUGUGUUAUUUGCAUUAUGAGCACACAUGACGGAAUGCAUGUAGGCGUUCGUUAGCACGGAACGAAACAGUUUAUUUAAUCAAUUUUAUUGGGAUAGGCUGAUUAAACAUAGAUUUCAAUUUUGACCACUUAAUUGGCUGGAUAUUCAGCAUUCAGGAAUCGGAAUAUAUAGGCUCAAUUGACAUGUUCCCCAUGUUAUAUGGAGAUUUCCAUGUCGUCGCUUUUCAGAUGGAAGAGGUAAGAGAGCCGAAAGAAAAAGGUAGGGAAAUGGAAAAUGACAACACAAUACAAGCACAACAUAAAACAGUAGACAAUCUGGAUUCUUUACUACCGAAGGAAUAAUGAACCCUACUGAUAAAAUCUAUAGCUCUUUACCACACUGGGCUAGCAAAAAUAAUACAUCCAUAAGUUUUAGCUCCCUGUAUAUAAAAGUAGCAGAGUAGGAGAACCAAAAAUCGGGAUACGCAAUUCCAUUAUCGCAGAACAGUUACAUAUCAAAUGAUAUGAAGUCCUGUAAUCUGAUUCACAAAGAUGACCCGAAUAUUACUCAACACGCUGAAUAGUAGCCAUGUGAUAAUUGAAAUUCCAGUGUCCAGUCCCUGACUACAACACUGCAAUUGUGCCUGAAAUGAGUGUGUCGAAAAGACAAUUGAAUAUUUCGUCUUCGUCAAACAAGUAUUGGGAUUCCACCGCGGGGUUCCUUUAGAAUCACGCUUUACUCGAAAAGAACAAGCCUUGUGUAUUAAACUGCUCAGUAAAAGAAUGAUUUUUGAAAAUUCAAUUGCCCCACCUCUGAGUCGAUUUCUAGUCCUAUCAGGAGUACUUGCUCCAAAUUUGAAGCAAAUCGGACAAGUCUAGCUUCCGGACCAAUGUGCCUGACGUUUUUAUGAGAUUUUUCGACAUUUUACAUGGAGAAAACCCACUAGCUCGCAUUUUCGCCGCUAGAUGGCGCUGUAUGCAUCGUAAUAUCACUGUAAGUGAAAAUAACAAAUAUAAUUUAAUUGUCUACAACUUUUUCGAAGACUGCUAGUCAAUCCGGCUUUGUUAAAAAAAAUAUUCUACUUUCAACAAAGUGAUGUCUGAGUCAGUUUUGCAUGGGGCCUAGCAGUGCAUGGUUAUGUAUCAGUACUCGAUUCCCACGAACUAUACAUUUUUGUGGAAUAAUGGUUAUGUUUAGCUGAAUAGUAUGUUCAGAAGCAUUGUUGCACAUGAUAGGGACCAUCGUUAAAUAACGUAGCAUUUUAUUUGGGGAAGUGUGAGUUUUGUAUUUUGUGAUGAUGUGUGACGAAAGGGGAGUAGAGGGUCAUGUCAUGCUACGCAGCUUUUCAAAAGGGGAAUGGGGGUUGAUUUGAUGCCACGACAACCUUACCCGUUUCAUCUAACUAACAUAGUUUUUUUUGCGGGAUCAUGGCGGGAGGGUUACCGUCAAGCUACGUAAUGACCAGGGGGUGGGGGUACUCAGAGUUUUGUGACGAAAUGCUACGAUGGUGGAGGGGGUGUUAAAAUCACUCUAAAAAUGCUACGUCAUUUAUGAAUGAUCCCAUACGAGUUAUAUUUUGGUUAGAAAAUUUUAGUUCCACCUAUGACAGCGUACAAUACGCCGACACUAACUUUGCAUAGAAGAGUGAUUGAAUAUCGAAAUGUUCGAAAGAAUUACUGAAAAAUGCCUGUUCUACAGCUUUGUAGAAGACACCUAAUUUCUAUCUGUUGAAAAGUUAAUGUUCAGGACCUCCAACAUGUGGAACUAAAAUGUUCUAACCACAUCAUGUCUCGUAUUAUUUACUAUAAUUCUUCUGAACAUGCUAUUGAGCUAAACCUAACCGUUAUUUUACAAAAAUAUUUAGUUUGUAGAAAAAUAACAAUACACUGCUAUGCCCCAUGCAAAACUGACUUAAACAUCACUUCGCUAAAAGUUUAAUAUGUAAGUUAUUUUAACAAAGUUGGAUUGACUAGCAGUCUACCCAAAGAUUUUUGAUAUCAUGGCAUUAAAAAAUUGAAGUCUUCCCAAGUCUGGUACGACAGAUGUAUGUACCUAGCGCACAAUGCUUCUAUGAAUGACGUCAUCAUCAACUAUUUAAAGAACGGAUUUCAGUUGCCUGUUGUUCGCUACUUUUAUUGCUUUCUUUUGUGUUGUGCUCGUUUCAAGCACACUUUUAUGUACAAUCUCGAACGCAAUAAUUUGUGGACAAAAUCGCUUAUACAGUCGAGCUCCAUGUGCAAACACGGUUAACAUUGUGUCGUGGUACUAGUUGUCUCUUUCGCUCUACCGAUCACCAUCAGCGUUGACUCAUUUUGCUUUGUGCGUAUAUUCCAUUCGUGUACGGACAUCUGUGGGAGUACACACGCUGUUUGAUUCGAACAUUGUACAACUGAACAUCGUUCGCUUGGGUUCAAUGUUUGAGGCGAAUGAGUAGGUAGGUAUGUUUAAUUUGUUAGCGGUUACAUGCGUAGCCUGCAUGAUAGUAAUCUGUGCUUUCGUUGUACAAAGACGAAAACUUUCUUAGCAACAAAUUUACGGUAAUCGAGGAAAUGUACAACGAAAGUAUAUUAUUUAUGUUGACGCAGCCGAACGUUCGGCAACCCUGCCGGCAUGACGAUACUCCAUACAUACGAGUCAGGCUGUCAGGCACAGCAUAAAGCAGGAACUGUCAGGUUGAAGGGAGAAUAAAUAAAACGUGGUUGCUUUUGGUCGUAUGUAUUAAAAUUAAAUGAUUUAUUUGCGAAGUCUAGAGGAUAAGGCUAAGAGUAAGGCGCACUAAAUUUUGAAGCGUGAAUAAACGACUUUCGGAAAGUGGAGCCUACUUAAUUUGAGAAAACCGCAGUGGAGUUUGAUUACACAAAUUCCCCGGACAAAAUCUUCAAAAUUUAUACGAUGCCCGUGGCAAGAAGUCCGCUCGCGAGCCCGAAUCGCUACGAGGUGGAAAGCAACUGCAUCGCAUGUGAUAGACCCGAUAUGGUGGAUAACAUGGUCCAAUGCGAUGGAUGCGACGACUGGUGGCACUAUUCCUGCGCUGGUGUAACGAAUUCCAUUAACGAAAGAGCUUGGAGCUGUUCUAAAUGUAAUGCACUUACUAAUGCGGCAUCAUCAAGCAGCGUUUCGGGUCGCGCUUCCCAACUGGCAGGCACGAUGAAACGGCUAAUGGAGAGGCAAGAGCUGGAAAAACAGCGCGUCGAAUUAGAGCUUCAAAGGAAGUUUCUGGAUGAGCAACAAAAGCUAUUCAAUGCCACCGUAGAGGAUGAGAUAAAGUCCCAGAAGAGCCGUGUGAGUCGCCGCUCUGCCCAAAAUCGGGUGAACGAAUGGCUGGGUUCAACAGCAGAAGGCGCAGUGGGAGGAAACCUCGUACCACUAGCAGCCAUCCAGACCGAACUCGGGCCACCAGGGAGAGUAGCGGACAUAGUAGUGAACCCAUCGAAGCAAUGGCAAGAGGGCCAGAGAAUUCUCAAGGAACAACCAACGUUAGGGAAGCCGCAACAACCGGAGGAGAAGCUAGAUGCUGAUAAACACAAACUAGCUGAGCAGCAAAUAGCUGAUUUACGGGAACAGCUGGAGCAAUGCAAGAAGCUGCUCACUGGACUGCAACUGACAUCUAGUACUCAGGUAAACUCUUCAGGUGCUAUUGCCAAAUCCCGUCCGAAAGCCCCUGAAAUAGAAAACCGUUAUGCCUUUGAAAAUAACUUUAGUUACCAGACCUUUUUAACAAAUCCCCCCACGACCAAUAAUAAUAUGCUUCGUAAUCAGUCUCGUCGCGUGGGGCAGGGUCAUAUAUUCGCACCUGCCGGCACACAUAAUUUGUAUAAAACUGCGAAUCAGCACAAUCAGUCCUUUCUUCCGCCCAAAACACAAGUGAAUUUUCCCCCAACACAGCAUCCAACUCCGCAGCAACUUGCUGCGCGACAGUCCCUGGCUCGUGAUCUCCCAUGCUUUUCCGGAAAUCCGUCGGAGUGGCCAAUGUUCAUCUCCAACUACAAUUACACUACGGAAGCUUGCGGUUAUACAGAUGGUGAGAACAUGAUUCGGCUGCAACGGUGCCUCAAAGGACACGCGCUCGAGACUGUCCGCAGUCGUUUGGUGUUGCCACAGGCGGUGCCACACGUCAUCGAAACGCUUCGCAUGCGGUAUGGGCGAUCAGAGGUGCUCAUAAACUCGCUGCUGCGCGAGGUGCGAUCGAUUCCAGCUCCCAGGUCGGACAAACUAGAAGGAUUAAUUGAAUAUGGGAUGGCGGUGCAAGCAUUGUGUGAUCACAUAGAAGCUGCCAACGAACAAGCGCAUUUGGCGAAUCCUACGCUUUUACAGGAGCUUGUGGGAAAGCUACCGGCAGAUCAAAAACUGUUGUGGGCUGGAUACAAACGUGGCGUAGGGAAUGUGAAUCUGCGAACAUUCUGCGACUAUAUGGCUGACAUCGUUCGCGACGCAUCGAGUGUUAUACUCUACGAACCUGAUGCGGGAAAAACAGUGAGCAGAGACAAGUCGAGAAGCAAAGGGUACGUGAACUUGCACACGGCCGGCAGUAAGGACACAACAUCGCCUGGGUGUCAUUACUGUAGUAAGCAGGGUCACCGUCUUCGUGAGUGCAACGAGUUCAAAGGCCUCAGCGAGGAUGAUCGAUGGCGAAAAGUUCGUGAACUAGGAUUAUGUCAGAUUUGCCUCUUCAGGCAUGGGCGACGAAGCUGUCGUAGCAACAGUCGGUGCACUGUCGAUGGCUGUCAAUAUCGCCACCAUCCUCUCCUACAUUCGACGAGGAAGGCCGGGAGAGUUCCGACGGUGGAACUUGCAGAAAACCACGCUCACCGUUACCUAGAUUCAAGCUCGCUAUUUCGGAUCGUUCCUGUUACAGUUUACGGAAAGUCUAAAGCCAUCGAUGUGUUUGCCUUUUUAGAUGAGGGAUCUACACUGACGCUAAUUGAAGACGAGUUAGCAAUGCAGCUUGAUCUUGAUGGAAGUCCGCAGCCACUUUGCCUUCAUUGGACUGGCGACGUGUCUCGAAGGGAGACGGAUUCGAAAAAGGUUUGCUUCGAGAUCGCAGGAACAGGACACAGCCAAAAGUUCAAAAUAGCAGAAGCACGAACUGUCGAUCGCCUUAACCUGCCCAGCCAGAGUUUCCACCGUGAAGUAGCGGAAAGGAGAUUCAAGUACCUGAAAGGAAUACCACUGCAGAGUUACGCGAGCGUCGUGCCGAAACUUUUAAUUGGAAUCGAUAACCUACGACUAGCCCUGCCUUUGAAGGUGAGGGAAGGAGACGGCACUGGACCGGUUGCAGUAAAAACGAGACUUGGGUGGUGUGUAUACGGUCGCCAGCUGGACGAACCCGACAAGGUCCAUAGUUUUCAUAUAUGUGAAUGUAAUUCUAACGGUGAGUUGCAUGAAGCAAUGAAGCAGUUUUUUGAGUUCGAGCAAGCGAGUGUUAAGGUACCGGAUUCAAUGAUGUCGGAUGAAGAUCAACGCGCACAAUAUCUUUUAGAGACUACAACCAAACGGAUCGGGAACAGAUAUGAGACAGGACUGUUGUGGAAGCAAGAUGAUAUCGUACUUCCAAACAGCUACCCGAUGGCGGUGCGCCGUUUGAAGUGCCUUGAACGACAGAUGGAGCGCAACCCUGUAUUGAAAGAGAAUCUUCAUCGUCAGAUUCGAGAGUAUGGCGAGAAGGGAUAUGCACAUCGAGCGACAGAAGAUGAGUUAUCGAGAGCGGACCCGCACAGAGUAUGGUACCUUCCUCUGGGGGCGGUAACCAAUGCGAAAAAACCCGGAAAGGUUCGUGUUGUCUGGGAUGCUGCAGCCAAGGUAGACGGCGUAUCGCUCAAUUCCGUGCUAUUGAAGGGUCCGGAUAGACUAGCAUCAUUGCCCGGCAUUCUCUACCGUUUCCGAUUGUACCAAGUGGCCGUGAGUGCCGACAUUCAAGAAAUGUUUCACCAAGUGCGCAUACGAGAAGUCGAUAAGCACUCGCAGCGAUUCCUAUGGCGUUUCGAUUCUUCUAAAGAUCCCGUAAUCUACCUUAUGGAUGUUGCUACGUUCGGCUCCACAUGUUCACCGGCCUCAGCUCAAUAUAUAAAGGACCUCAACGCGAAGGAGCACUCCGAGAUGUUUCCGAGAGCAGUGCAGGGUAUUGUCGACAGCCAUUAUGUCGAUGAUUAUCUUGACAGCUUUGGAAGUGAAGAAGAAGCACGGCAGGUAGCAGCAGAAGUUCGACUAGUACAUCGAAAUGGCGGCUUUACGUUGCGUGGAUGGCGAUCAAACAACGAAAAUAUCCUUGAUCAUCUGGGUGAGCCCAGAACCGAGGACGGCAAAACCCUCUGCCUAACCAGGACUGCAGCAACUGAACGCGUACUAGGAAUGCUGUGGAUUCCCCGGACGGAUGAGUUGAGCUUUUCUACACAACUGGGUGAAGAUGUUCUAUCCUUGAUCGCUGGAGAUAUUCGACCAACAAAACGGCAGAUUCUAAGGUGUGUUAUGUCACUUUUCGACCCCUUAGGAUUAUUGGCACCAUUCUUGAUCCACGGCAAGGUGCUUAUACAAAACCUGUGGAGAACUGGCGCGGAUUGGGAUGAUAAAGUCGACGACAAUUCACGUGACUUCUGGCGAAGAUGGACGAAGAUAAUCGAGUUUAUUUCGACCGUGCAUAUCCCACGUUGUUAUUUUCCUGGCGCCACAAAGGAGACGUACGCUGCAACCCAAUUCCAUGUGUUUGUGGAUGCUAGUGAAACCGCUUAUUCCUGUGCUGUGUAUUUACGAACGGUAGACUUCGGAGGCAAGGCCCAAUGUGUGCUCGUUGCUGGAAAGGCCAAGGUGGCCCCUGUGAAACCAUUGUCCGUGCCAAGACUGGAGUUGCAGGCAUGCGUGCUUGGAACACGGUUGUUGAAGUUUACUCUGGAGAACCUUCGUAUUCCCAUUUCCAGACGGGUGCUGUGGACUGACUCUACAACUGCGUUGUCCUGGAUUCUAGCGGAUCCACGCAAUUAUCGACCCUUCAUAGCGCAUCGAGUAGGAGAAAUUCUGGAGUCAACUAAAGCUAGCGAGUGGAGGUGGGUCCCGUCGAAGCGAAACCCUGCAGAUGAAGCGACCAAGUGGGGAAGUGGCCCUUAUUUUAGCGAUGAGAGUAACUGGUUUGGAGGACCGAGCUUCUUGCGUCUUUCAGAAGACAACUGGCCGAAGUCAGUGAAACCGUCGGUAGCAACCACUGAGGAAAUGCGUCCUUCGGUAUUUCUUCACGUGGAGGCCGGACCUUUGAUCGAUUACAACCGCUUUUCCCGUUGGGAGAGAUUGCAUCGAACGAUAGCUUACGUGAACCGUUUCUUGAACAACGCCCGAGGCACAGGACGUAAGUAUUCUGGACAACUCGAGCAAGAAGAGUUACUGACUGCCAAGGAAACUAUUUUCAAGCAAGUCCAGUAUGAGGUGUAUACGGAUGAAAUGAUAACGCUGACAAGAAACACAGCUCUACCACUGGAGCAAAGGAAGUUGUUAGAUACCGGUAGUGACCUGUACCAAUACGUGCCGGUGUUGGACGAUCGCGGAUUGCUUCGUCAAUGUAGUCGGGUCAGGAAGGCUAAACAUCUGCCUGUUGAUGCGCGGUACCCUAUAAUAUUGCCAAGGGAUCAUCCUGUAACACUGCUUCUGAUCGACUGGUACCAUCGCGCAUUUCAUCACGCCAAUCAUGAAACGGUGCUCAACGAGAUGCGGCAGGUGUAUAUGAUCUCGAGGCUCCGGACUGUGGUGAGGAAAAUUUCCCGGGCGUGCCAAGUCUGUAAAAUCCGAAGAGCUCACCCCCAAAUACCCCUGAUGGCUCCGUUACCUACAGCCCGGCUUGCUGCCUAUGUUCGUCCCUUCACAUACACAGGACUUGAUUAUUUCGGACCAAUGCUGGUGAGAGUCGGGAGGUCGAGCGUAAAAAGAUGGAUCGCUCUCUUCACCUGUCUCACAAUUCGUGCAGUACAUCUGGAGAUAGCCUACAGCUUAUCCACCGUUUCCUGUAUCUCCUGCGUUCGAAGAUUUGUGUCUCGACGAGGUUCACCGAUUCAAUUUUUCACCGAUAACGGGACCAAUUUCCAGGGAGCGGAGCGCAUUCUACGAGAGCAGAUCAGUCAGGGAGUGUCAGCAACAUUUACUAACGCAUCAACGAAAUGGAUAUUUAAUCCGCCAGGGGCUCCUCACAUGGGUGGUGCGUGGGAGCGCUUAGUACGAUCGGUUAAAAACGCGAUGGGGCAUGCGUACUUGGGCAGGAAGUUGGACGAUGAAGGACUGCAUACGAUGGUCGUGGAGGCGGAAUGGCUGGUAAAUUCUAAGCCUCUAACGUACUUGCCGAUUGACUCUGAGGAAUCGGAGGCGCUCACGCCAAAUAACUUUCUGCUCGGAAAUUCGAGCGGGGUCAAGCAGCCGGUAGUGCACGUAGCUUCUCAGACUAGGAUCUUACGAGAUUCAUGGGUUCAAAUCCAACAGAAUCUGGGCGUUUUCUGGAAACGAUGGGUGUCGGAAUAUCUGCCGGUGAUUCGCAGACAGUCAAAAUGGUUCGGUGAAGUAAAGGCUGUUGCCGAAGGAGAUUUGGUGCUGAUCGUCGAAGAAACGAAGCGAAACGGAUGGAUCCGUGGUCGUGUGGUUACCGUUAUGAAGGACAGCGAGGGUAGAGUGCGCCAGGCGAUCGUACAAACGCCGAACGGGCAGCUGCGUCGUCCUGUAUCCAAGUUAGCGUUACUGGAUGUCGAAGGAAGUGAACGUGCAGUCUUGACUGGUGGCAAGAUACACCCGGGGGAGGAUGUUGACGCAGCCGAACGUUCGGCAACCCUGCCGGCAUGA